CGAUCCAGAGAUCAAAAGUCACAAACUCCUUCCACCCAGCCAGCCAGCGGCCCUUCUUCCGGCCUCUUAGACUCGAAGAGCCUUCUUCCGGAUCAAACGCGGCGCGCGCUGGUGACGUAACGCUGCGCCGGAAGUGCGAGCCGCGGGCUGGCGGGCUCAGUUAUGGCGGCUGCUGGGGCACGCUGGAACCAUGUGUGGGUGGGCACGGACACUGGGAUCCUGAAAGGGGUGAACCUUCAGCGCAAAGAGGCAGCGAACUUCACGGCGGCAGGACAGCCGCGGCGCGAGGAGGCGGUGAGCGCCCUGUGCUGGGGCGCGGGCGGCGAGACUCAGAUCCUGGUGGGGUGCGCCGACAAGACAGUGAGGUACUUCAGCACCGAGGAGGGCAGAUUCCAGGGCCACAGGCACUGCCCCGGCGGCGAGGGUGCGUUCCGAGGCCUCGCCCAGGUCGACGGCACCCUCAUCACAUGCGUGGAUUCUGGGAUUGUCCGGGUCUGGCGUGACAAUGACAAGGAGACAUCCUCUGACCCACUCCUGGAACUGAGUGUGGGUCCUGGGGUGUGCAGGAUGCGCCAGGACCCAGCACGCCCGCACGUGGUUGCCACGGGGGGAAAAGAGAAUGCUUUGAAGGUGUGGGACCUACAGGGGUCUGAGGAGCCUUUGUUCAGGGCCAAGAAUGUACGGAACGACUGGCUCGACCUGCGGGUUCCCAUCUGGGACCAAGACAUACAGUUCCUCCCUGGGUCUCAGAAGCUUGUCACCUGCACAGGGUACCGUCAGGUCCGAGUCUACGAUCCAGCCUCUCCCCAGCGUCGGCCGGUCCUGGAGGCCACCUACGGAGAGUAUCCACUUACAGCCAUGACCCUCACGCCCGAGGGCAAUUCGGUGAUCGUGGGGAACACUCAUGGGCAGCUGGCAGAAAUUGACCUUCGGCAAGGGCGCCUACUGGGCUGUCUGAAGGGGCUGGCGGGCAGUGUCCGAGGAUUACAGUGCCACCCUUCGAAGCCCCUUCUAGCCUCUUGUGGCUUGGACAGAGUCUUGAGGGUACACAGGAUCCGGAAUCCACGGGGCCUAGAGCAUAAGGUUUAUCUCAAGUCUCAACUGAACUGCCUCCUCCUAUCGGGCAGGGAUAACUGGGAGGAUGAGCCCCAGGAGCCUCAGGAGGCUAAACAGGUGUCCCCAGAAGACACAGAGACAGAUGAACUUUGGGCCUCCUUGGAGGCAGCCGCCAAGCGGAAGCUCCCUGAUUCGGAGCCGCCCCCAGGGGCUGUGCAAACCAGACGGAGAAAAAAGCAGCGGCCUGGAUCCACCAGCACCUGAAGAGCCUGUGUUCCCUUUGUAAAUAAACAGCUCGACACCCACCAUGA